AUGAUGGAUCAUGAAAUUUAUUCGAACGAAGAAAUCAAUGCAGUUAAAAUAACACACAAAAAAUUUGAAUCAUGGCACGAUCGACUUGCUUAUGCAGCUGUACAAACAUUACGUUUCUUUUUUGAUACAAUGACUGGUUAUGUUCAUGAAUCUCCUCAAUCAAAAACAAAUAUUGAAAAUCAAAAUCGUCGACCAAAAAAAUCUAUGACCGAAAAACAAUGGUUGAGACGUAUUAUAUUUUUAGAAUCGAUUGCCGGUGUACCAGGUAUGGUUGCUGGCAUGAAUCGUCAUAUGAAAUCACUUCGUACAAUGCAACGUGAUUAUGGAUGGAUUCAUACGCUUUUAUCUGAAGCAGAAAAUGAACGUAUGCAUUUAUUAACAUUUUUAGAAUUACGAAAUCCUGGUUGGAUUUUUCGUACAUUUGUUCUAUUGGGUCAAGGUAUUUUUUUUAAUGGAUUCUUUUUUACUUAUCUUCUUUCACCGAAAAUUUGUCAUCGUUUUGUUGGUUUUCUUGAAGAAGAAGCUGUUAUUACAUAUACUCGAUGUAUUGAAGAACUUGAUGCUGGCAGAUUACCUAAAUGGUUGAAAACACCAGCACCACAAAUUGCUAAAAAUUACUGGAAAUUAUCAGAUAAUGCUAUGAUGAGAGAUGUUUUAUUAGCUGUACGUGCUGAUGAAGCUACUCAUCGACAAGUUAAUCAUAAAUUAGCUGAUAUUGGAUCUGAUGCACCGAAUCCAUUUUUGUCUCGAACAAAAGGAGAACGAGAGCCAUUUAGUGAACAAGAACAAAAGGACAUUGAUACGGCUGGCAAAAAAUAA